GUGCCGCGGGGCCCGGCCGGCGCCCGCGUUCCUCUACUCUUUCUUGGCAAUGGAGACCGGGUUUCUCCUCGGCCUGAACUUAGGAGAGAGCUGGAGGCGGAGUUUGGGUCGAGGUCUCAGCUCUGCUGAUGCCUCUCACUUCUUAGCUCCAGGUGCGGUUUGUGGAGGAGUUUCUGGACUCAUCCAGAGGCGUGGCUGAGUGUCAACUUAAGGAAGUCACAGGACACCUGAAAAAAAAAUGCCGAAAGGUGAAACAUGAGUCUCUUUAAGGUAGAAGGUUGUUGGCUCUAACUUUGAGAAGAACCAAAGAUGAUACUUGGAAAGCAGAUGACCUCAGAAGACACCUUAAGGCUGCACAAUCAGGUAGUCCCAAGGAAGAGAAGAAACUCAGAGAAAAGAAGAUGCACAAGGACUCAGAGUUGGGCACUCCUGAAUACAGAGAGCACAAGAGCAGGGACACAGACCGAGAGGCCCGGCACAAGGAGAAGACAGUGGAGAGAGACCUGUACAGCUCCACAGAACAUCCCCGUGGGGAACGAGACCGGGAGAGGCACAAGGAAAGGAGGAAAGAUGGGAAAGACCGUGAGAAAGACAAGCCGAAAGAGAAACAUCGAGACCAAGAAGCAGAGAAGUCUCAUAGUCGCGGCAAGGACAGAGAGAGAGAGAAAGACAGAAGGGUCAGGAAAGAAGAGCUCAGGCAGUCCAUGGCCUAUCAUGACCUCCUGGGUCGAGAUGUGCGUGGCCGGCAGAUGCUGGAGAAAGUGGAAAAGAAAGUUCAUACAGCAAGUAAAUUACGAAUGGAGGAAAGAGAAAGGAGAGACGAAGACUCUGAAAGAGUGGAUGAAGAUAGAGAAAGAAGAUACCGAGAACGGAAGCUGCAGUAUGGCGACAGUAAGGAGAAUCCCCUGAAUUACUGGCUGUAUAAGGAGGACGGUGAAAAGAAGCACAGGAAGGUGAAAGAUGCGGAUCGGGAGAGGAAGCACCGAGAGAAAAGCAGCACAAGGGAGAAAAAAGACAGACACUCAAAGGAGAAGGGGAGCUCUCUCUCUGACAGGGAAAUAGAAGACAGACACAGAGAGAAGCGGCACAAGGACGGAAUGCAUUAUGAUGAGGAGAGGCGCCGAAGUCACGCGGAUAAAAAAGAGAGAUCUCUGAAAGAAGAGCACAGGAAAAGGGAGUCAAAGGAACCUGAAAAGGAAGACAAUGACUUAGAGGCUACUGGGGCUGAUGAAUAUCUGCCCAACCUAGAAGAUGAUUUUGUGGAUUAUGAAGACGACUUUGAGGUUUGUGAUGGAGACGACGACAGCAACAAUGAGCACGAAGCUAAAGAGAAAGCCGACGAGCUUCCUCUGGCCCAGAAAAGGGAAAUACAGGAGAUUCAAAAGGCGAUCAGUGCAGAGAACGAAAGGGUUGGCGAGUUAUCUUUGAAAAUGUUUCAGAAGCAAGGUCGGGCAGAGAACACGAAGGAGCCCUGGGCAGAUGCAAAUGAUUCCACUUCUAGAACCCCUGUUUGUGGAAUUUUUGUGGAUUUUGCAACAGCUUCACAUCGUCAGAAGAGCAGGAGUCAGGCCCUCAAGCAAAAGACACGAAGUACAAAACUGCUCCGGCUUAUUGACUUAGACUUUUCCUUCACCUUUUCUCUCUUGGACCUACCACCAGUAAAUGAAUAUGACAUGUACAUUAGGAACUUUGGGAAAAAAAAUACCAAGCAGGCAUAUGUUCAGUAUAAUGAAGAUAAUGUUGAGAGAGACGUUCAGACUGAAGAUAUAGAAACCAGGGAAGUAUGGACCCAACACCCAGGAGAAGGCACUGUUGUAUCUGGAGGUAGCGAAGAAAAGGACUUCUCUGAUGUCACAGUCGUACCGAAGAUUGACACCCCGAGGUUGUCUAACUUUCUCCGGGCAGCAUGCCAGGUACUUUCUGUGUUGUGUGUCCUCUUCUAGGUAUUAGUGCUCAGGGUUCAUUGUAUUGUCCGUGUGGCCUAAAAUUAGUUCUUUUUUCUCAAGUAUUAUUUGCUUUCAGAUGACCAGUAAUACAUUCAUUAAAUGCUUUUAUGCACAGUGACACUAGGUAAAUAUAGAUCAUUGAAAAUUCUGUGGUUUUGGGUUCUCUAAUUUCCUACAGCUGAAGAUAAUAAUAAACUCUUAAGCCAAGUGUGUUGAGCUGGUGAAGCGAGUGUAGACCUGUACAGUGUUUAUAAGUAAUACACGACUGGCUGUGGAAAAUGUCAAAGGACACAACUGUGAGGCUCCAAGGACCACAGCAGACCUCGCCUCACCUGACUUCGUAUUCACUCUCUCUUCAUAAUUUACCUGGCUAUUGUGGAACUCACCCUAAUCAUCAUAACUUUCACUCUAUAUUUCAGUAUAAAUUUUUAAAAGAAAAAUAUCUUUUGUUGAUGUAAAAAAAAGUGUCUCAAAAGCCAAAUAUGAGUGACUUUGGCCUGGGCACAUGAAUUUAGGUUGCCCUAAAUACCAUGUUUCUACAUGGUAAACAUUUCCACUAAGUUUUUAGUUACAGAUCAAGAGAGAAUCUUAAAUCAAAGCACUUUUCAGAUACGUUGUGAGAACAGUAGGUAGGAGGGCUACAGCAAUGUGAGAAAGUCUGUCCCGGAGGCCACGGACACUGCCUGAUAACACUCUUAGUCAUAAGGACAAGCAGAAAGGCUUUCAGGAGGCCAGAAGACAGCCUAAGAUGAUUUGUUUGUGGACUUGUAAUAUUACAACUCUCCACAAUCACAAAGUUCUUUAACAUAGGUGUGACCUAGUAACAUUGGUAAUUUCUAAUAAAGAUGUGAAGUUGAUUUGUAAUCUCUGUGUUGUCUCAAACUUUUCAUAUAAACUUAGAAUUUAAAUAUGGACAGACAUAAACAGCCUAAUAAUGUUAAACCUUGACAGACUGAUGUGGAUCAGGCCUGUUUAUCAGACUGUUAUGACUAUCUGCCAGUUACUUUGUUUGCCCCAGUGUCACAGAUAUACAGGAGUGUGUGAUUUAGAAAUAGGAUUAGGCUUGGCAUAUUUGUUAUUAUCAUU